AUGAGAGCGACCUCACUCCUGACCGCCAUCCUUGCAGUCAUCGUGGCUACUACUUCUUCCGCCGUCAAGCUCGACAAUCCGAAUGGUUAUUCGCAAGAGAAGGGAACGAGGGCCCCAUCCCAAGCGACGACAUCAGGUAGUACUGGUACUGGUGCAUCGUUGCUGAGGUCUUCUAAUUCGCGCAGCAUCGGAGCUGGUCUAGAGCAACAAGAAGGCUCCUCUUACAUGGGUACAUCUGGAUCCGAUGAGAUCGCCUACGUCUCCGUGUGGGGAGCACCUGUUGUUGCACACACCUCUUCGAACCAUAGCGCUGCUGUGCCCACCUUUGGCAAGAUCACCUCGAAGGCUGGCGAGUGUGUCGUCGCUGAGCCGACUGAGUACAUUAGCAAAGACUAUUUGAACUGGGUUUGGCAGCACCGGAUCGGACCAAACUCGGAUACAUCGAGCAAGUCGAACUGGAACGUGAUGGAUAACAAGAACUGGAUCAUGGAUCACCUUGUGCACAACAACGGCUCGAUGAACUACUGCGUUCGCUGGGAUACCGACAGUCAAUUGCCAAAGGAUGUGGCGUCCAAGUUUCACGGAAUCUUGGAACGCCACUACAACGCGUGGAACAGUGGCUCGAGGGCUACAAUUGCUGGCCCUUUACAAAGCUCGGCAUCAACAUGGUCGGCUGGGCUACCAAAGACAAGACCCAGUUCGAGUGGAGUGAUGAGUCAAUGGGCACGGUCUACGAAGUGUCCAGAUGAGUGCUACCGUUUCUACGACAAUGUGAACGAUCAGUGGUCGGACACCAGCAAUUGCAAGGGUGAGCCGUUCGACGUCUCGCUCUGGCUCAAGGAAGAUAUCCCGUAUGGUUUCGGCUAUGACUGGGGCGAGGAGAUCAGUCUCAACAACACUCUCCAAAACCUGUGCGACAAGAACCUCUUGUUCUUUGCCCAUGAAAUCGGCCACGGAUUCGGACUUCCAGACUUUUACGGACUGGAGGACAAACCGGCCACGGAUUUCCCCAACUGUGUCAUGAUGUCGUACAGUGCCAUUACUGUCACCCCUGGCGACGACUGGAUGCUGCGUCGUGUGCUUGACCACGUGCGCGAUCGCUACAAUUUUUAG